AUGGCAGAGAUGGAAAAAGAGGGCAGACCUCCGGAAAAUAAAAGAAGCCGAAAACCAGCUCACCCGGUGAAGAGGGAAAUAAACGAAGAGAUGAAGAGUUUUGCGGAGAACACCAUGAAUGAGCUGCUGGGCUGGUACGGUUAUGAUAAGGUGGAGCUGAGAGACUCAGACAACCUGGAGAUAGGGGAGACUCCACAGCACAUCUCUGUCCUCAAAGAAAACUUGUUGCCAAAAAUGCCAGCUUCAACAGAGAGUGGCGAAGGCUCUCCGGACCGAGCCAACAGCUCCCUGUCUUUGCCAGCAUCCAGGAACGGAGUCACAGAGCCCUCCACCACGCCGUCCACCUCGACCCCCAGCAGCAAGGAACAUGGCAGCAUGCCCAUCAUUGUCCCCAUGAUCCCCCCGCCUCUGAUCAAGCCUCCUGCAGAUGAAGAUGCAUCUAAUGUGCAGAUCAUGUGUGCCUGGUGCCAGAAGGUCGGAGUCAAACGCUAUUCACUGAGCAUGGGGAGUGAGCUGAAGAGCUUCUGCAGUGAGAAGUGCUUUGCCGCCUGCCGCAGAGCCUAUUUUAAGAGAAACAAGCUGGGAUAUGUAAGGAAUUACGCUGCGAGAGACGACGAUGGCCUCGGUGGGAAAUUACCCCAGCACAGCUUUACUCAGGACACGCCCAGGCUUGUCUUCAAGACAAACAGCGAUGUGCUUGUGUGUGACUGGUGCAAACAUAUUCGCCACACUAAGGAGUACCUGGACUUUGGUGCUGGUGAGCGGAGGCUGCAGUUCUGCAGUGCCAAAUGCCUCAACCAAUACAAGAUGGACAUUUUCUACAAGGAGACGCAGGCUGCACUACCUGGAGCGUUGUGUAACCCAGGACACCCAGGGGCGGGUGGGGAGGGAAAGCUGGAGUGUGGCGGAGGGGUACAGCUGCUCACUCCUGAAUCUUGGGGGACGCCGUUAACGGACCUCCGGCGUAAGGCUCCCUCACCAGGGGGCCCCUCCACCAACCCCGCUUUGGCUCCUUCUACUUCUUCUGCCACAUCCCCCUCAGAUACCGCUGCUGUCUGCUCCCCAUCCUCCUCCUCCUCAGCCAAGAUCCCUACACCCAGACCCCAUGAGAGCCCCACUCUUCCCCCUCCACCUGUUCCUUCCUUGCACCCACCUGUCGGGGUUCCCUCUGGUAGCCCUCCCAUGGUGAUGACCCCUCGGGGACCCAUGCCUCUGCCUCUGUUCAUGGAGCACCAAAUGAUGCAGCAGAUCCGUCCACCAUAUCUCCGCCAGUCUGCCCAUCCUGCAGGGCCCAAUAGCCCCUUAUCAAACCCUAUGAUCCCUGGUAUUGGUCCACCGCCUCCACCACGGAACAUUGGUCCAGCAUCAAGUCCCAUGCACAGGCCCAUGCUGUCUCCACAUGUCCUCCCUUCAACCAAUCCAAACCCUGGUAUGAUGCCCCCUCAUCCUGGUAUCCCCAUGUCAGGCCUCCCCCCUUUCCCCCCAGUCAACAUGAUGCCUAACGGACGCAUUCCACUGCCCCCAAUGAUGAACUUUGGCAUGCCGUCCUUGGCGCCAUUGGUACCCCCACCAACUCUCUUGGUCCCUUACCCUGUCAUUGUACCCCUCCCAGUCCCAAUCCCUAUUCCCAUCCCAAUUCCCUUCAACUCUAAGAAUUCAAGGGACCAACCAGAGAACAACGGCCCCAUCCGCGGUGCUCCAGAGUCCGCUGAAGCUUCAGCUUCUGUGCUCCACUCUCCAGGUUCUUCUGGUGAAAGAGGGGAGCAGAAAGUAGAUUCAGCAGAGCAUGUCUGUCCUUUACGGUCAGAGAGAAGCAGGUCAGCGAUGGUGGACUUGACUGUGAAAGCAGAGGACAAUUCAGGCAGUUUGUGUCUCAACAGCUGCCCUGGUAUGAUGGACGGGGUGAUUGACCUUACUGUUGGUCAGAGGUCUUGCCAACACCAGGUGAUUCAGAGGAUGCUACCCGGGGUGCGGGUCAAAGUAGAAGCAGAAGUUGAAUCAAGAUCUCCACCAGCUGCUGGGGUUGGGAGGGAGGGGAGGGUUAGUCAUGAUGGGGGGGAAGGGGGCCUUUCACAGGGUCUCCUCAGUGCUACAGAACUGGAAGGGGCCACACAACCAAACACACUGGAAUCAUCAGGCCCACCAUCCAGUAACGGAAGUCCUUCUUGUAAUGCUAACCCCUCAGGGAGCCAGCUGAAUCCCUGUAACUCCAGUCCACCACCGUUACCCAGCACAGCACGGACCCUUCCCCACCCCCUUUCCCAGCUACAAACUAACCCUGCUGCCCCAUGUAAUGUCAUAGUCAAUGGUACUGGAUGGCAUUCUCUUCUGACUCCUGCCUUUGAGUCUUGCCCUGAUCGAAGAGAUGACAGCGCUGCAGUAGAGGGAGUUGCAGAGGAGCAGCCAGCCAAUGGUGAGUUGGAACGUGAAGCACUUAAAGAGAACAAUUGCUCAGUUGGAGAUUGGGAACAGGGAAAACGGGGCCUGGUGCAAGACGAGAUGGCGGACACAGCGGUGGGCAAGCCGGACCCCGACUCCAACUUGGAGGAGGGUGAGCACGCCUACGCCCUGCCGCUGCUAUCUACAGGAGGCUGUGUGGUCAUACAGCCUGUGCCAAAGCCCGGCGCUGACAAGACAGCUAUCCUGUCCUGCUCCAUCAGUGCCCCUUUAUCAUCAGCCGGGAGCCCCGAGCUGGAGCCACCAUUAAAGAGGAGGUGUCUGCGAAUCCGCAAUCAAAAUAAAUGAGAUGGAUGCUCCGAGGACCACAGUGCCAUCAAUGACACUCACUUGUCCACCUCCCAGUCCCAGCCUCCAAAACUCCUCCACCAAGCAUGUGCACACAGUCAAAAACAAACAGUAACAUUUC